GGACUGACGCACUUGACGCACUGACGCUCGGACGCUCGGACGGACGCGGCGGAGCUUUAAAUACCUCGGAGCGUCUCCAACGGGACACUGCACAGCUGACAGGUCCGUGUGUCUUCUCCUCUUUCCUCUCCUCCUCCUCGGAUGGGGCCGCUUCGACUCCUCCGCAGCCCGCAGCAGCAGCCGCCCGCCGCCCGCCGCAGGGACUGAAGCCGCGCGCCGCUCGGCGACUCGUGCAGGAGAAGAGACAACCGCCGCGCUCGUGUCCUCUCCGUCUCCUCCGUGACUCUCUGUUCCCAUGCGAUUCUUCAGACUCACAUUCAAGUGUUUCGUGGAUUGUUUUUGAAGGUCGCUGUCCGAGUGUCGGUGUCAUAACCUUACAUUUUUAUUUUCACCUUUUUAUUCGAGUAAUUUGAUUUGAGAGAGAGAGAGAGAGAGAGAGAGAGAGAGAGAGAGAGAGAGAGAGACACAGAGAGACAGAGAGAGAGAGAGAGACGUCUCGAUCUUCUUGAUUGGACCCUUUAUUUUGUUUUUUUAAAUUCAAUCUGAGGACGAAACGAUUUGGAUUAAUUGAUUAAAAGAAAAGAUCAGAUUGUGGGUCCACUGGAUCCAUUAAUCACAUUUUUAAUAUUAUUAUUAAGAAAUAAUUAAUAGUGGAGCAGCAGAGAGACAGAGGACACGGGACAGAGAGGAACUGACUCAUAUGCUCCUGACUGACAGUUUGGAUCAAGCUGAGGACGAAACUGAUUUAAACUAGAAGAAGGGAGCUGUUAACUGGGAGAGGUGAAGCUGUCUGUUUCUUCUCUUAGACAGAGCGGAGACAUUUCUGCUGUAGACUGUGUGGACUGCUCCUUUACUGACGGGGUGGUGGGACACUGACUGAAGUGAGGAGAAACAGGGUUCAGGGACUAAGCGCAGUACAGCGAGUUCGUCCUCCAGGAGGACAAAGACAAAGAGAAGCUGGGACUCAAAGUAUUUCUUUAAAAGUGUGGACUGCUCCUUUACUGACUGGAGGCUCACUGUAGGAAAAGACCAGGGUUUGUUGGGGGGGAUAAAGAGAAACAGGACAAAAAGUCACAAGAAUUAAAGGGAAUCUAGUUGAGCCAUAGCCUGACCCCUCUCCGACUGCUUCCUGCCUGGUUCCUGUUCUGAGUGAUGGAGAAGCAGGCCCUUCCAGCCUCCUCCUGCUCUCUGGUCCUCCUGGAGGAGACCAAGAAGAGCUCUCUUCUGUCCAAUGGCGGCGGUGUGGGUUACCCCCAUGCAGCUGCUGCCAAUGGCAGCCUCGUCCCGCUGACAGCAGCGACGGAGGGGUCUGGAGGCAGUGGCGGUGCUGGCGCCGGUCCGGACAAGAAAGGAGCCGUGGUCACGGGGGCAGUGCCGGGGUACCCCGAGCGGGAGACAUGGACGCGGCAGAUGGACUUCAUCAUGUCCUGCGUCGGCUUUGCCGUGGGGCUCGGCAACGUGUGGAGGUUCCCGUACCUGUGCUACAAGAACGGAGGAGGCGUCUUCCUGAUCCCCUACCUGCUCAUCGUCUUCGUCGGAGGAAUCCCCAUCUUCUUCCUGGAAAUCGCUUUAGGACAGUUCAUGAAGGCCGGCAGCAUCAACGUCUGGAACAUUGCUCCGCUGUUUAAAGGUCUGGGUUACGCCUCCAUGGUGAUCGUGUUUUUCUGUAAUACCUACUACAUCAUGGUGUUGGCCUGGGGCUUCUACUACCUGAUCAAGUCCUUCAACUCCACCCUUCCCUGGUCCACCUGUGACAAUGAAUGGAACACACCUAACUGCAUCGUGUCCUUCCGUCACCAGGACUGCAACAACGGCACCCUCGCGAACAUCACCAACAUCGGCAACAUGACCUGUGCCGAGCUGGCAAACGCACGAUCACCCAUCAUCGAGUUCUGGGAGAACAAGGUGCUGAACAUCUCGUCGGGUCUGGGUGAACCUGGGCACUUUAACUGGGAGCUUAUGCUGUGUCUGAUGGCUGUCUGGGUUAUGGUUUACUUCUGCGUGUGGAAGGGAGUCAAAUCCACUGGGAAGAUUGUGUACUUCACGGCGACCUUCCCCUACGUGGUUCUCAUCAUUCUGCUGGUCAGAGGUGUCACUCUUCCCGGAGCCUACACCGGCAUCAUGUACUACAUCAAGCCUGAUUGGUCCAAACUGCAGGAGGCCCAGGUGUGGAUAGAUGCUGGGACACAGAUCUUCUUCUCCUAUGCCAUCGGGCUGGGAGCGCUGACCGCUCUGGGCAGCUACAACCGCUUCAACAACGACUGCUACAAAGAUGCCUUCGUCUUGGCUAUGAUCAACAGUGGAACCAGUUUCUUUGCUGGUUUCGUCGUGUUUUCUAUUUUGGGCUUCAUGGCUGCUGAGCAGGGAGUCGACAUCUCACAGGUCGCUGAAUCAGGUCCAGGUCUGGCGUUCAUCGCGUAUCCGAAGGCCGUCAGUCUGAUGCCGGUGGCUCCGCUCUGGGCGGCGCUCUUCUUCUUCAUGUUGCUGCUACUGGGACUGGACAGUCAGUUCGUUGGGGUGGAGGGUUUCGUUACUGGAAUUCUGGAUCUGUUUCCUGGAAGAUACUACCAUCAAUAUAAAAGGGAGAUCGCUGUGGCAAUAUGCUGUUUACUGUGCUUCAUUAUUGAUCUUUCCAUGGUAACGCAGGGAGGGAUGUAUGUCUUCCAGUUGUUUGACUAUUAUUCGGCCAGUGGAAUGACUCUGUUGUGGCAAGCAUUCUGGGAAUGCAUAGUAGUUGCCUGGGUCUACGGUGCUGACCGCUUCAUGGAUGAUGUAGCUCGUAUGAUUGGCUACCGGCCUUUCCCCUGGAUGAAGUGGUGCUGGUCCUUUAUAACUCCAUGUGUCUGCUUGGGCAUUUUCAUGUUCCACCUGUUCAACUACAAACCGCUGACCUACAACAACAUGUACGUGUACCCGUGGUGGGGCGAGGUGAUUGGCUGGUGUAUGGCUCUGUCCUCCAUGCUCUGCAUCCCCGUCAGCGUCCUCUACAAGCUCUUCAGAGCCAAGGGAACCUUCAAAGAGCGCUGGGCUCACCUGACCACUCCGGUGUGGGGGGGCCAUCACCUGGAGUACAUGGCCCCAGACAUCAAGUCCCUGACGUUGAUGUCACCUGGCACAGACGACAACAAGGUCAUAAUCUUUGAGAGCGUCAUGUAGGCUGGGCUCCACCGAUCACAGAGCUCCAUCUCCCUCCAUCUCACCUACGACAAGACAGCGACACCUCAACACCUCAACACCUCAACCUUCGGAUCGUCCUUCACCCCGGGAUCAGCCCUCAGAGUGAUCAAUCAGUGCGUCUCCUUGGAAUAACCGAUUGACACGUCUCAUUGAUUGAUUGUCCCCUUCAAACGCAGACCAAAGCCACAAAGAUUCUUCAGCCUGUAGACGAAUGAAGAAAUGAGGGAGGGAGAAUUUUUAUGAUUACACCAAUGAAAAGCUUCCUUCUUCCACAUUACACCAAAAUGUGUGGACAAACCAGCAGAUCUCUGAGUUUUUACAAUUUAAAGAGCUUCCUCUGGUUCUCAAUGAAGAAAACAUCUUUCUCCUCGAUCCAAAGUCAAAAGCUGGAGAAUCUGAAGAAUAACGACGAAAGGUUUUCUUCCUGACGGAGUCAGAAAGCUGCUAAACGUCCCCUGCAGGGUCCGAGGUUGGGCUACAGCCAAUUUGGAUUAAGGGUAUCAAUAAGAUCCUGUCUUGGUGUGGGUGGGUUAGACGUGCAAACACACACAAACACACACAAACACACGCAGACACAUUGAGUGUGUCAUGUUUUCAUAAUCAAACUGACAUAUUAGACGUUGACAUGGAGGUGCUGCUUGGUGCUCGUCUUUUUUUAGCUGCAGUUUUGCAACAACUGAGCUCAGAGUCUGAAUGCAUAGUUAAAAUUUCUGACACGUUCAAUCGCUGCGUGUGUGUGUGUGUGUGUGUGUGUGUGUGUGUGUGAGGCCAUUUGUUCAGACAGAGUUAUAGACAAAUAGACUGACUGACUCCCAGAAAAUUAACAAGAGGUAAUUUGCCUUGUAACAGGAACUAAAAAUGACUGAGAACGCUGUGGUAUUCAGUCAUGUAAUCAGAUGGAGAAAGGUUAAACAAAGGAGAUGGGUAAUGUUCCUGUAAUAAGUACUUUUCAAAAGCAAAAAUAAUGGUUUGUUUUCAUGUCUGAUUGUUUCAUGAUCUUGUGAAAUCCACUUUCAAAGAGCUGCUGCUUGGCAGCAGGCAAAAUCAUUUUUUAAUUCCUGUUACAGGGCGACCAGCGGUCCAUGAACUAGCCAUGCUGCCAGGAAACUGAACUGAGCUCAGUGAACAUGAACACAUCGUCCGACUUUAACCUUGAAUCAAACGUCUUUACGCCCCUUUGUUAGCACUUUAUUCAUUAUGUGGCUCUUUGACCGUUGACCUCCGACCUGCUUUUGACAGCUGCACCGAGAUCUGAUUCACUCAGGCAACAAGAGAUGUGAAUUCAGAGGGAAGGUUCCAGUGAGGAUUCAGACCCCGUUUCUGAGGAGAAGCCAGAUCCAGCACACAAGCGUACGGUUUGCUCUGUAAAAAAAAAAAAUCUGACCUCAAGGUCCAACUUACUUGAUGUUUCUGAAGUAUUCCAGAAAAACUCGUGGAUUUCCUUUGUCUCACACUUCAAGCUUGAACUCUGAACGUCCCGGUUGUGUUUUUUCUCUGGAGGAUUAAUCAAUCGCUAGAUUCAUCUUUAAUAAAAAAAUAAUCGUCAGUUGUAGCAGAGGCUGAGAAACUGCCAGGGGAGCAGCGUGUAUCGCACGUACAAAACUUUCCAUCAGAGACUGAAAUCUCACUGGAUCUGACCUUUAACCCCUCCAUGUUCUGGAUCUGACCUCUCUUGGCUGCCUGUGUGAGAAUCAGGUCAGGGGUGCCUCUUCCCUCGGCGUCGACUGAAGUGCCAAACGGAAUGAUACUCGCCCUGCGUGGGCCGAUCCCAGACCAGGGCUCAAGGUGCCAAUCAUCGACCCGUUCACUUGUCUCUGCCUCGUCUCAACAGUCUCAUUAACGCUGAGCUCCUCCCACCCGACAUCAUGCUCUCCUGAACAGCUCUGACAGUUUUCGUCGUUUUUAUUGUCGCCGCAAACACUGACACCGAGAUUUGAACUGAUUAACUGUCUGAAACACGGACCUGAAGGUAGAUUUAGUGCCACACGAUCCUUUUUAUUCUACGCAGCUCAUUCAAAAUCACACCAAAAUGACAAAGUGAUGCAGAAGCAACAUUUGGUUUAGUUUUUCACUAACGCUGUCAGACGAUGUACUCGGGCUGCAGCCUUUAACUUGAACAUCACUCCGUAGAGACUCAACAGUCUCCUUAUGAAACCACUUUUAAAUCCACCAGAUUUUUAUUUGGAUCUGCACCAAAUCUGACACUCGUCAGUUCCCUAGAAAAGCUUACAACCUGCGUAAACUCCCUACUGUAACAUGCUGGUGGCCUCACAACACGAUUCAUUUUAGCAGUUCACCUUUAGGGAUUAACGUAAUUACCUGCAGUCCGGAGAGCUGGUGGCGAGAUGAGAGCCGGAGGACUCAGCGUGAUGCCAAGCGUUGCCUUACGUCGUUGUCUUAACUCUAGAGCCCGUACGGUUGACGAUCCAAACCUGGAGCCCCACAGGACGUCCUGUGAACGGCUCCGGUUCAAAUCCAAUCAAUCAGCAGUCUGCUGGGGGCGUGUCUACAACUCUGUCUCCUAGCAACCACUCACCCUUUAUCCGUCACAGGAAACAUAAUGAUGGAAUGUAAGAUAAAGGAAAGCUACAUACAUUUGCACAUUGUUGUAAAAUAAUGUUGCUAGCACUUUUAAAAAGAAUCGUGUUAGAAAUCGUGUUUUGUUUUACAUUUUGUAAAAUGAAUCAGAGAUUUAUUUUGUGGAGGCUUUUAUUUUGCUGAUACAUGCACUCGGACAAAUAUAUAUAUAUUGAAUAUCUUUGUGUGUUCUAUAUUUGAUGCAGUUUGUAAAUGUGAUGAAGGUGACGAUGAUUUUCUGGCUGAUUGUUCACGUUUAGCCGACGAACACGAGCAACAAGCGACCGCAACCAACUCAACUCCAGCUUCGGGCUACUUAACUUCUCAUUUAGACUUUUAAAGUAAUAAUUCUUCUCUGCUUUACUUUUUUUGCAAAUGUUUUGUCAGUCGCUUGCCGGAGGGGGAUGUGGGAGGCGUUUCUGGAAACGUUUCCCGCCUCGUCCCGUUUCGUGUUGCAGAUUCAAAGGUUCUUAAACAUCAAAUUUUAUGCGGUCAUAAAAAAUACAAAAAUUGACAGACGAAAAGAAAACCUGUAAGUUAAACGUGUCACAUUUGUGUUCAUUAUGACGUCAUACGUUGGUGCAGCGAGGCUUUUAAGCGGUGUUCAACCGGCUGACGUGAACAAGCAGCGAGGGGCGGGGCUUUUAUUAUGGCGGGUUUGCUGCGAUGCAGUGAUGUUAAGGCUGUCGAGGCUUUGUGUGGCUCUGAACACACUACGAAAGGGAUUUUUUUUUCCUGUACUUUUUUUGAUUUUGAAUUCUCAAAGUGCUUAAGUGUUUGAAGAAUUUAAAGCCUUAGAUGAUUUUUAGUUUUUUUUCUGUUUUAUUUGACUGAUUAUCAUUGUUUUCCCCUCAAACGCCCCACAGCUCGAUUCUUACAUUAUUAUUGUCUCCACAGAUUUGAUUAAAUCAAUCUGAACGUAUUUUGCAUAACAAUAGACGAAAAGUAUACGUUUAAAAGACGGUCAAAGUUUGAAGGUUUUAAAUGAACUUCAGACUCUGACAGCUGCUGAUGAACCAAGGUGAACUCCAUACCCCAGCAGUCAGUGGGAGCUUCCAGACACAGACACUGAAGAACACCUUGAUGAUGCCCUAUAAGCUCAGUCACUGUCUCAUCCCAGAAAUGAUGAAAAGAAAAUCUUUUUAAUUUCGACCACAAUAACGAAAAAGAUGAAACGCAUCACAAAGUGAUUCUGGUUUUGUGCAUUUCAGAGCCGAUCGAUGCUGCCAUUAAUUAAUGUGUGGGGGAAAAAAAUCUAAUUAUUGAUGAGAAUCUGAUUAGUAGCAGCUUUACAUCAAACUCAAAAUCAAAAAAGCAGAUUCAAAGAGACACUGAGAUGGAGAUUAUAUUCUACAAGACGGAUGAUAAAAUGAAUGAGAUUAAAGGUUAAAUGUUGUUGUCGAGUCAGAGUUAUGCGAUUCAAGUGCCACUAAUGUCACUAAUGAAACUAACCUGAGGCAGUAUUUUAUAGAAACAAUCUCAUUUUAAAAGUGGACUCGUUUAUUUUUAAAGCAAUGUUGUAAAUUAACUUUUUCUUUUUUUUUUCAUUGUUCUUGUCUGGUCUCUGGACGGGAGCCUGGGUGGGUCAGAGCGUGGAAAAGACUCAAAUCUGCAGCCAUUUAUCAAACGAAAAUGUAUGUUACCAAAAUCUGAUGUUGUUUCAUGUCAUUUUGUCUUUGUGCUUUUCUGCCAAAAAAACACAAAAAAACUAAAAAAUGUUGUGACAGUAUCUCCGAUCGAAAACUGUAGAAGGCAGCUGAGGUCGGGAAAAUCAAAGAGUAUUAUGUUCAAUCUGCUGGGGUUUAAAUCUACUCACACAAACACACACACACACACACACACACACACACACACUCAGAGACAGACUGAUCAGGUUUAUAAUAAAAAAUUACAAUAAAGAAAAACACAUUUAUUGUGUUUGAAGAAAUUAAAGCAACACUUAUUUUUAUGGCUCAUAUGUAAAACAACUGCAAUGAGCAGAAUGAUUAUGUCAUAUUUAACAUGUUCGACAAAAAUAUCUUAAUAAAGAUAUGAUAUGUCAGAUGUAUUUCAAGUCUGUAAGGUAAAAUAAGAUUAUUGAUGCAACCUUGAAACAAACAACAGAAUCCAAUCCCCCAUUUUGUUCUUAAAAGUUCUUGGUUUUUAAUUAUUUGAUUAUAAAACUUAUUGUUGUGUUAUGAUUAUUUUUUUUCUUGAAACAUGAAAGAUUUAUGCUGUUAUCAGUCUGUCUCUAACACUGACCAGCAGACAAUUCACACAGUGAUGUCAGAGUUAUGUCAUGUGACCUAUGGGAUGCUGUAAACCAUGGAUGUAGUAUGAGAACUGGAUACUGAACUAAAGAAUGGGACAUUUAAAAAAAAACUUGCUCCAAGUUUUACAGACGGCUGUUUUAAAGUGGCCAUGUGUGGGGAAAUUGUUUUAGUUGCAGUACCACACAUGGCCACUGGGACGAACAUCUCAGGAUAGAGUGUGGGAGGAUGGGGACGUAUCCAGCUCAUAAUACUUUCAUGGUGUGAACAGAAUAAACUAUGCAAAGAGUGGAGCCUCAGAGCUGAGGUGUGCUGUGGUUUGGACGGACAUUCAGACAGAAACGACUCAAUGAACAAUUUGAUGAAUAUGUUCCGACGGUAAAAAAGUUUCUCCUUCCAGUCUGAUAGAAGACUUUCAAUCAGUAUUCAGGGACACAAUAUUUACAGAAAAUGUUAAUCGGAUAGUUGAAUGAAUAAGAUGAAAAAAUAGAGUGAAUGAUAAUUAACAUUUAUGACCUCAGUGUUUCAAAAAUCCUGCCCAUGCUUCAGACAGAAGCAGCACGAAGCCAAAUGUUUCACAGUGCAAAAAAAGUGGGUGAAUCUGAAAAGACCAAACCGAGUCAUAUGAAUCUGUCUGUUCUGAUCGUCCACUGCAGGUUUUGAUUAUCAAUAUUGUCGAACAAAUGUCAGCUGGUUUCCCUUCAGCGGAGAGCGCCAGUCCCCACCCGUGACCACAGUGGAUUGACUCUCAGCAGAGCUUGUCGAGUUUGGGAAAUUUUAUUGUAUAUUUUCAUCACUUUUUUUUGUGAAAAAAUAUUGUCAAUGAUUUCAAAGCCAAAACAUUGCCAACAUGUUUUCAACAUCCACAUAAAGAAAAAAGUCAAAUAUAGCAUCUUAAAGGGAACGUAGAAAAAGAAGUCACUAAUGCUCCAGAAAAACAACCCAAAUCUUUGCUCCUUAAGAUGAAAAAACUUCCUUACCUUUUAAAAUUGACAUAUUAUGCAAAAAUCAUAUUAAACAUAUGUUGUGUGGGCUGGCAACAGGUUCAGAUUUCUCUCCAACUGUGAUGUCACAGAAGGGCUCUUUUGGGGUAAUCCCACCUGCAAUCUGAGAAUCUCCAAGGGCCUUGACAUUUCCUACACAUUUUGAAAGUGGUUGACCAAUCACAACAGACUGGGCCAGCUGGCCAGUCAGAGAAGACUGUAGUUUAUUGGGAGGAGGAGGGGCUAAAGUAAAAUCCAGGCGUUAAAGACAGAGGGUGAAAAGAGGAGCUGCAGGAAUGGGCAGUAUGAGAACACUGAUGCCUUUUCUGAACAUUAGAGCAUGUAAACCAUUUGAAGUGGUAACCCAAAUUAAAAGUAUAAACCUGAAUAUGAGCAUAAUAUGUCACCUUUAAGAAUUUUGGAAAGCUGAUUUUGUAGCAGUGGAACCAGCAGGGGGCGCUCUCCUCUGGUGGGAAUUCCCAUCGUAUUUGCGCUGGAGACCAAGUCCCCUCAGGACUCAACGCACAGAGCUGUACGAUGAGAAAGAAAACGUCACAAAGACUUAAGACCAUGUGUGAACUGAAUGAAGUCAGAAUAUCUGAACUGAAAUAAGUGGAUGAAAAAUUUUGACCUGAUAAAACAAAAACUGAGUUAAAAUUGACUCGAGUGAUGUUGAAAUGUUGAACAUCAAAAGUGAACGUGAUCCUUGCGAAACGUUGUCACAUAAGUCUGAGUCUGGAGAGAAAAAUCUUAGAAAAGUGAAUAUGUAAGACGAAAGGAAAUUAUUACAAAUGUUCUCUGUAGAGAGUUUGUAUUUUUAAAAUUAAAAUGUUUUCAUCUAUUUAUUUCCUGUUGACCUUUUAUCUUCUCUCAUUUUGGUGCCAAAACUAAAACUAUAUUUUUGUGAACGUAAUCUUUCGGUCGUUCUGGUUUGCAAACGAUAGCUGAAGCCCUGUCUGUGUGUUCUGCCCACACUGAGCUACUGGGUGGCCUCAUUCAGCCCAGCGUCGGCCAUUUUGUUGUACCGUGUCCGUGACUUCCUGUAAACCGCUGUCUUCCACUCAUUACUGUAGAUUAGAAAGUCGAUAAGGUGACAACUAGCGUGUUUAACUAAUAUGUGUUAACGACGGUGGCGAUGCUCUGGGCUCGACGUUAACCAGUCACCAGCCAAAAACUGUUGACGAUGAAAGAGUUAACUUUGAGCCCCGGUGAUAUCAUGCUGCAUUGACAUCUGACCCCUGUGAGGGUCUCCAUGCUGUAAUCCACUGUGAUCUUUGUGCUCAUCCAUUGACUAAACCAAUAGCAAUAAAAACCAGCGUCCUGACAACA